UAAUUUCACACACACAAAGAAUUUUACAAAUGACCGCGAUCCCUCUGUGGCUCUACUCUAUUCUAUAUUCAAUUUCGUCAUUCACUCACUCGCACGGACACCGUUUCCUACAAAUAUAUACAUAUAAAUAAAUUCCAUUCUAAUUCAUUCCUCUCCUUCUCACUCAUUUCUUCACAAAGACUCUCAGAUUCGAAAGGCUCUGAAUAGCUUUCAACAAACAAACCCUAGCGAUUUUGUUUUUCAAAUUCUCGGCGAGCUACGAUCUUCUCUGCAACUUUUGUGCAAUUCCAUGGCGGCUUCGCGCCCUCGAUCGUCGUCUAUUUGCGGUUUGAUCGGACUAUAGAGCUCGUUCCGGUUGUGGCCGAUUCGAAUCGGCUUGGUUAUUCAACAUGUUCGAAGCUCACGUUCUGCAUUUGCUUCGAAGGUAUUUGGGUGAAUAUGUCCAUGGACUCUCAGUUGAGGCUUUGAGAAUCAGUGUUUGGAAAGGUGAUGUUGUUCUCAAAGAUUUGAAAUUGAAGGCAGAGGCACUAAAUUCACUAAAACUUCCGGUUACUGUGAAAGCUGGUUUUGUUGGUACCAUAACAUUAAAGGUUCCUUGGAAAAGUUUGGGAAAAGAACCUGUGAUUGUUCUCAUUGAUCGUGUUUUUGUUCUUGCUCAUCCAGCUCCUGAUGGUCGAACUCUUAAGGAGGAGGACAGGGAAAAACUUUUUGAAGCCAAACGUCAACAGAUUGAGGAAGCAGAGUCAGCAACCUUGGAAGCAAUAUCAAGGUCAAAGCUAGGAAGUCCACCUCCUGGAAAUUCGUGGCUAGGUUCUCUAAUUGCUACUAUUAUCGGAAAUCUUAAGAUAUCGAUUAGCAAUGUACAUAUUAGAUAUGAGGAUUCUGUCAGUAAUCCCGGGCAUCCAUUUUCUUCGGGUGUUACUUUGGCCAAACUUGCUGCUGUUACAAUGGAUGAGCGGGGAAAUGAAACCUUUGACACUAGUGGUGCUUUGGAUAAAUUGCGAAAGUCGUUGCAACUUGAGAGACUUGCUAUGUAUCAUGAUUCAGAUAGGCUUCCUUGGGACAUAGACAAGAGAUGGGAGGAUCUCAGUCCGAAAGAGUGGAUCGAGAUAUUUGAAGAUGGUAUAAAUGAACCAGCUGCUGACCAUGGAAAGGUGUCUAAGUGGGCAAUGAAUCGUAACUAUGUGGUGUCACCUAUUAAUGGAGUCCUAAAAUAUCAUCGCCUUGGGAAUCAAGAAAGAACUGAUCCAGAGGUUCCGUUUGAGAAGGCUUCUCUUGUCCUAAGUGAUGUCUCUUUAACAAUUACAGAGGCGCAAUAUCAUGAUUGGAUAAGACUACUGGAGGUUGUGUCAAGAUACAAAGCAUAUGUUGAAGUUUCUCACUUAAGACCUGUUGUGCCAGUUUCAGAGGGCCCUCAUUUGUGGUGGCGGUAUGCUGCUCAAGCUGGCCUGCAGCAGAAGAAAUUGUGUUACCGAUUCUCAUGGGACCGAAUUCAGCAUUUCUGUCAUCUUCGUCGUCGUUAUGUUCAGUUGUAUGCUGUUUCACUGCAACAUAUGCCAAAUGUUAACAGUGCAGAAAUUAGAGAAAUUGAGAAAGACCUUGAUUCCAAAGUAAUUCUUUUAUGGAGGUUACUUGCACACGCCAAGGUCGAAUCUGUGAAAUCUAAGGAAGCAGCUGAACAGAGGAGGCUUAAAAAGAGAAGCUGGCUUUCAUUUAGAUGGCAUGCAGAAGCCGAGGAUGACUCUGUUGGGGAUGCUUCCGAGGGAUCACAGCUAACAGAGGAAAGACUAACUAAAGAGGAAUGGCAGGCAAUAAAUAAUUUACUGAGUCAUCAGCCGGAUGACGAGUUGACAUCACAUUCAGGAAAGGACAUGCAGAAUAUGAUUCAAUUUUUGGUAACUGUAUCAAUUGGUCAGGCUGCUGCCAGGAUCAUCAAUAUAAAUCAGACUGAGAUUGUUUGUGGUAGAUUUGAACAACUUCAUGUGUCUACCAAGUUUAAGCAUCGCAGUACUCACUGUGAUGUGUUGUUGAGAUUCUAUGGAUUAUCGGCGCCUGAAGGUUCACUUGCACAGAGUGUCUGUAAUGAGCAGAAAGUGAAUGCAUUAGCUGCUAGUUUUGUACACUCACCAGUUGGGGAGAAUGUUGAUUGGAGGCUUUCAGCUAAAAUUUCUCCCUGCCACGUUACGCUUUUGAUGGAAAGUUGUGAUCGCUUUCUAGAGUUUCUGAAGAGAAGUAAUGCAGUUAGUCCUACUGUUGCUUGGGAAACUGCAACUGUUUUGCAGAUGAAGAUCGAGAAAGUUACUCGUAGAGCACAGGAGCAAUUUCAUAUGGUAUUAGAAGAACAGAGCAGGUUUGCUCUUGACAUUGAUUUUGAUGCCCCUAAAGUUAGAAUUCCUAUCAAAACUUGUGGCUCCUCCACAUGUGAUAGCCAUUUUCUUUUGGAUUUUGGUCAUUUCACAUUGCACACCAUGGAAUGUCAGUUGGAUGACCAGAGGCAGAAUCUAUAUUCUCGUUUUUUAAUAUCUGGAAGAGAUAUUUCUGCUUUCUUUACAGAUUCUAGUUCUAACUGUCAGAACUGUGCUUUAGGCGCACAAAAUUACAAUAGUCAGCGAAUAGUAUCUUCUACGACAGAAAAAGUUGAGAAUUUCUGUUCUCUAGUUGAUAGGUGUGGAAUGGUAGUACUUGUUGACCAGAUCAAAGUACCUCAUCCUAGGUACCCAUCAACGUGCAUUUCUAUUCAAGUGCCAAACCUUGGCAUUCACUUUUCACCAGCAAGGCAUAGCAGACUCAUGGAAUUGUUAAACAUAUUAUAUGGUACAGUGGAAGCCCGUGGUCAGUCUACUGUUGAUUAUUUCCAAGCAGAACUUGCUCCUUGGAGUCCUGCAGAUAUUGCUAAUGAUGCUAGAAUCCUAUUCUGGAAGGGGAUUGGAAAUUCUGUGGCUACUUGGCAGCCAUGUUUCCUUGUGUUGUCAGGUUUAUAUCUUUAUGUUUUGGAGUCAGAAAAGUCCCAGAGCUACCAGCGAUGCACAAGUAUGGCUGGCAGACAAGUGCAUGAGGUUCCUCCAGCAAGUGUCGGUGGUUCUUCAUUUUGUCUUGCUGUGAGUUUCAGGGGGAUGGACAUUCAGAAGGCUUUAGAAUCUUCUAGUACAUUGAUUGUAGAGUUUCGUGAUGAGGAGGAAAAGACCACUUGGUUGAAAGGACUAAUACUGGCCACAUAUCAAGCAUCUGCACCUCCAUCAGUAGAUGUACUUGGAGAAAAUGAUCGUGUAGCUGAGUUUGGUGAACCUCAAACCACAAAUUUGAAAACAGCUGACCUUGUCAUUAAUGGGGCAUUGUUGGAAUCAAAGUUAUUUAUAUAUGGAAAGAUUGGAGAUGACGUUGAUAAGAAACUUGAUGAGACUCUAAUUCUUGAGGUUCUUGCUGGUGGGGGAAAGGUUCACCUAAUUCGUCGGGAAGGUGACUUAAGAGUCAAGAUGAAGCUGCACUCCUUAAAGAUUAUAGAUGAGCUUCAAGGUCGUCUCUCUUUGAGCCCACAGUAUUUAGCUUGCUCUGUGCAGAAGAAUGAGAAAUCAUCUGCUUCCCCUGGCAUAUUUGAUCCUCUUGCGAAGGAGAUGUCUAUUAUGCUUCCUGAGGACGAUGAUAUAUUCAAGGAUGCUUUGCCAGAGUUUAUGUCUUUAUCAGAUACAGGUAUUUAUUCGCAAAUAAUGGAUAUGGCUCAUUGUGGAGUGAUGGGGGACAUCAGUGACCCUACUGGGUUUGAGUCUUCUGAAGACUUUUCUCAUGAAAAAGAUCUGGGAAAAGGAAAGGGCACUUUUGGCGAGAUCUUUUAUGAGGCAGAAGGCAGUGAUAAUUCAGAUUUUGUAUCUGUUACCUUUUCUACAAGGAGUUCUGUUUCACCUGAUUAUGAUGGUGUAGAUACACAGAUGAGUGUUCGCAUGUCCAAACUAGAAUUCUUUUGCAACAGACCCACUCUUGUUGCUUUAAUAGGUUUUGGCUUGGAUAUAAGCUCUGUGAGUUAUGCGGCAAGUAGUACAGACAUGACAAAAACUUCAGAAGAUAAACCUUUGAUGAACAAAGAGAAGACUGAAGAUAGUGGCCAUGUUAAAGGGCUGCUGGGUUUUGGUAAAGGUCGUGUAGUAUUUUUCUUAGGCAUGAAUGUUGACAGUGUUGCUGUGUAUCUUAACAAGGAGGACGGUUCCCAGCUUGCCAUGUUUGUGCAAGAAAGUUUCCUGUUGGAUAUUAAGGUCCACCCAAGUUCUCUUAACAUUGAAGGCACAUUAGGAAAUCUUAGACUCCGUGAUAUGUCUCUUGGAACAGAUAAUUUUUGGGGUUGGCUUUGUGAUAUACGUAAUCCAGGAGUUGAAUCUCUUAUCAAGUUCCAAUUCAAAUCUUAUUGUGCUGAAGAUGAUGAUUACGAAGGAUAUGAUUACAGCUUGAGUGGUCGACUUUCUGCUGUUCGCAUUGUGUUUCUCUAUAGGUUUGUUCAGGAGAUAACAGCGUACUUUAUGGAACUUGCCACCCCACACACUGAAGAAGCAAUUAAGCUUGCUGAUAAAGUUGGUGACUUUGAGUGGUUGAUUCAGAAAUAUGAGAUAGAUGGAGCUGCUUCUCUAAAGCUGGACCUUUCACUUGACACUCCAAUAAUCAUAAUUCCAAGAAAUUCAAAGAGCAAAGAUUUCAUUCAACUUGACCUGGGCCAGCUGCAUGUGACAAAUGAAUUUAGUUGGCAUGGUAGCCCAGAGAAAGAUCCUUCAGCUGUCCAUAUUGAUGUUCUUCAUGCCGAGGUUUUGGGGAUCAACAUGUCUGUAGGAAUUGAUGGCUGUAUAGGUAAGCCAAUGAUAAGGGAAGUCCAAGGAUUUGAGGUUUAUGUGCGCCGAAGUUUGAGAGACGUGUUUAGAAAAGUCCCAACAUUUUCUCUAGAAGUGAAGGUAGGUUUAUUGCAUGGUGUAAUGUCUGACAAAGAAUACAAAGUUAUUCUGGAUUGUGGUUUAAUGAACUUGUGUGAAGAGCCUAGGCUUCCUCCAAGUUUUCGAGGCAGCAAAUCUGAUUCAAAGGAUGCCAUGAAGGUUCUGGUUGACAAGGUCAACAUGAAUAGUCAAAUGCUACUAUCUCGUACUGUUACUAUAGUGGGUGUUGUGGUCGACCAUGCUUUGUUAGAGUUGUGUAAUGGCAUUCAGGAGUCAUCACCUUUAGCUCAGAUUGCACUAGAAGGUCUUUGGGUAUCAUAUCGGAUGACGUCGUUGUCUGAAACUGACCUCUAUGUGACCAUUCCCAAAUUUUCUAUUCUAGAUAUUCGCCCUGAUACAAAACCUGAGAUGCGACUGAUGCUUGGAUCAUCUACUGAUGCUUCCAAACAAGCUUCUCCAGGAAAUUUUCCGUUUUUCUUGAACAAGGACAGUUCUAGGAGAACAAAUUCUGAAGCUGGACUAGACAUUGAUGUGCCAAUAUCGACAAUGUUCUUGAUGGACUAUAGAUGGCGAAUAUCAUCCCAAUCAUUUGUGGUUCGGGUUCAGCAGCCUCGAGUUCUUGUUGUACCUGAUUUCCUUCUUGCUGUGGGUGAGUUCUUUGUUCCAGCUUUGGGAACAAUAACAGGAAGGGAUGAAACCAUGGAUCCUAGAAAAGAUCCAAUAAGUAUGAAAAAUAGCGUUGUACUCUCGGAACCUGUUUACAAACAGAGCGAAGAUGUGGUGCACCUGUCCCCAAGUAGACAAUUAGUUGCUGAUUCUUUGGGCAUUGAUGAGUACACAUAUGAUGGUUGUGGAAAGAUUAUCUGUUUAAGUGAGAAAACAGAUGUGAAGGAAUUCCAUUCAUCCAGAUAUCGACCGAUUAUAAUUAUUGGACGUGGUAAGAGGUUGCGGUUUGUUAAUGUAAAAAUUGAGAAUGGCGAUCUUUUGAGGAAGUAUACAUACUUGAGUAAUGAUAGUAGCUACUCAGUCUCAUUGGAGGAUGGUGUUGAUGUUAUGUUGCUGGACAAAUCCUCAUCUGAUGCUGACAAAAAAAGUAUAUUCUACUUGCACGAAUCAUCAGACACCUCAAAUAUCUCUUCAUAUUCUCAAAAUGAUCCAAAUAGGAUCCAGAGUUUCACAUUUGAAACCCAGGUGGUUUCUCCUGAGUUCACCUUCUAUGAUGGUACAAAGUCUUCUUUGGAUGAUUCUACCCCUGGUGAAAAGCUUCUCCGUGCAAAAUUGGAUUUGAGUUUCAUGUAUGCAUCAAAAGAAAAUGAUACCUGGAUUCGAGCCUUGGUGAAAGAUCUCACUGUCGAGGCUGGUUCUGGUUUUAUCAUUCUUGAUCCAGUGGAUAUUUCAGGGGGAUAUACUUCUGUUAAAGACAAAACAAAUAUUUCUCUGAUAUCAACUGAUAUAUGUAUCCAUCUUUCACUUAGUGCCAUUUCUGUCAUUCUCAAUCUGCAAAAUCAGGCAGCUGCUGCAUUAGAAUUUGGAAAUGCAAUACCCCUUGCUCCCUGUACCAACUUUGACCGGUUAUGGGUGUCCCCUAAAGAAAAUGGGACCUGUAAUAACCUUACCUUUUGGAGACCUCGAGCUCCAUCAAAUUAUGUUAUAUUGGGAGAUUGUGUGACUUCAAGGCCAAUUCCUCCUUCACAAGCAGUGGUGGCGGUGAGUAAUACAUAUGGGCGUGUGAGGAAGCCCAUUGGUUUCAAUCUCAUUGGUUUGUUAUCUGGUAUUCAAGGAUUUGAUAGAGGUAAAGGCCAUUCUGAUCUUGAUAGUGAUUGCUCUCUUUGGAUGCCUGUUGCACCGCCUGGAUACACAGCAUUGGGGUGUGUAGUAAAUAUAGGAAACCAGCCGCCACCAAAUCAUGUUGUCUAUUGUAUACGUUCGGACCUAGUCACAUCAACAAUGAGUUUAGAAUGUAUACUUAGUGCCCCUUCAAAUUCUUGUUUCAUAAAUGGAUUUAGCAUCUGGCGUCUAGACAAUGUUGUUGGAUCAUAUUUUGCCCAUCCUUCAGCUGAAUGCCCUACCAAAGAAAAAAGUUUUGACCUGAAUCAUCUUCUUGUAAACCCAAAUCGGCAUCAUUCUGCCCCUGAAGAGUUAGCCUCAGAUUUGACUGAUCAUCAUGGCUACAGAAGUCAAACAAAUGAACAGAGUGCAAAUUCAUCUGGAUGGGACAUUGUUAGAUCAAUUUCAAAAGCAACUAAUUGUUAUAUUGCAAUCCCCAACUUCGAACGAAUCUGGUGGGACAAGGGUAGUGACCUCCGGCGUCCAGUCUCAAUAUGGCGACCUAUUGCACGUCCAGGUUAUGCCAUACUGGGUGACUGCAUUACUGAAGGCUUAGAACCACCUGCUUUGGGCAUAAUAUUCAAGGCCAAUAGUCCUGAAAUCUCUGCAAAGCCUGUGCAGUUUACUAGAGUUGCCCAUAUCACGGGAAAAGGUUUUGAUGACAUUUUCUUCUGGUACCCAAUUGCUCCUCCUGGUUAUGCUUCUCUAGGAUGUGUAGUCUCCAGAAUAGAUGAAGCACCUCGCCUGGAUUUAUUUUGCUGCCCCAGAAUGGAUCUUGUUAGCCAAGCUAAUAUUCUUGACGAUCCCAUUUCAAGAUCUUCAAGUUCAAAAUCAUCUCAAAGCUGGAGCAUUUGGAAAGUUGAAAAUCAGGCCUGUACUUUUCUUGCUCGUGCUGAUCUGAAAAAACCAUCAAGUCGUUUGGCUUACACCAUUGGUGAUUCAGUGAAGCCAAAGGCCCAGGAGAACAUAACUGCUGAAUUGAAGCUAAGACGUUUCUCUUUGACCAUUCUUGACAGCAUGUGUGGAAUGAUGACACCACUAUUUGACACAACAAUCACCAAUAUCAAGCUUGCAACACACGGUCAACUAGAGGCAAUGAAUGCAGUUCUGAUUUGCUCUAUUGCCUCAUCGGCCUUCAACGCACAAUUAGAAGCCUGGGAGCCCCUGAUUGAGCCAUUUGAUGGAAUAUUUAAGUUUGAAACUUAUGAUACCAAUAUACACCAACCAUCAAAACUUGGGAAGAGAGUGCGUGUUGCUGCUACAAAUAUGCUGAACAUAAAUGUCAGUGCUGCAAAUCUUGAGACUUUUGUAGGGAGCAUUCUUUCAUGGAGAAGGCAAUUAGAACUUGAAAAGAAAGCAACAAAGCUAAAUGAGGAAGCUGGUGAUCAUCAGAGACAUGGAGAAGAUCCUACUUUUUCUGCAUUGGAUGAAGAUGAUUUUCAGACUGUGAUUUUAGAAAAUAAACUUGGGUGUGAUAUUUAUCUGAAAAAAGUUGAGCAAAAUUCAGAUAAAGUUGACCAGAUAUGUCAUGGUGACAGUGCUUCUGUUUGGAUUCCACCUCCAAGGUUUUCAGACAGGUUGAAUGUUGCGGAUGACUCGAGGGAUACACGUUAUUAUAUAGCUGUACAGAUUCUUGAAGCUAAGGGUCUACCUGUCAUUGAUGAUGGCAAUAGCCAUAACUUUUUCUGUGCUUUGCGCCUUGUCAUUGAUAGUCAGGCAACAGACCAACAAAAGCUUUUUCCUCAGAGUGCAAGGACCAAAUGUGUUAAGCCUUUAGUUUCAAAAAUCAAUAAGCUUGAUACAGGCACUGUGAAGUGGAAUGAACUUUUCAUAUUUGAAGUUCCUCGAAAGGCCCCAGCUAAGUUGGAAGUGGAGGUGACAAACCUUGCAGCAAAAGCUGGAAAAGGUGAAGUCAUUGGGUCCCUUUCCUUUUCUGUUGGACAUAGUGCAAACAUGUUGAAGAAGGUAGCUUCAGUGAGGAUGUUGAAUCAACCAUAUAAUGCUCAGAAUCUUGUGUCAUAUCCUUUAAGGAGAAUGCAAAACAAUGUCGAAGACAUGCAUGACCACGGCUUACUAUUGGCAUCUACAACUUAUUUUGAGAGGAAGACUAUUGCAAACUUAAAAGCAGAUGCAGAAAGUGAGAAUGUUAAAGAUAGAGACAUAGGAUUUUGGGUUGGGCUUAGCUCGGAGGAUGAAUGGGAAUGUAUUCGGUCAUUGCUUCCAGUGUCAGUGGUCCCCAAAUCAUUACAGAAUGAUUUUUUUGCUAUGGAAGUUGUCAUGAAAAAUGGCAAGAAGCACGUAAUUUUCAGGGGUCUUGCAACAGUUGUAAAUGAUACAGAUGUUAAAUUGGAUAUUUCCAUAUGUCGUGUGUCUUUAAUUCAUGGUCAGAAUCGCUCUUCAGGAACAAGUAGUUUUAACAUAGUUUCUGGUGCUUCCGCUGUUUUACCUUGGAGAAGUACGUCCAAGGAUUCUGAUGAGUGUUUACUAGUCCGUCCUUGUGUUGAUCUUCCUGAGCCCCCUUACUCAUGGGGUUGUGCAGUCACUGUUGGUUCUGGUUAUACAUACGGAAAGGACCAACCCUGCAUCGAUCAAGGUUCACUCUAUAGACAAAAGCAGGAAACUAAAAUGCCCAAUUUUACAUUCAAUUUGAAUCAACUUGAGAAGAAGGAUAUACUUCUGCGUUGUUCUAACACUGGAAGCAGACAAUUUUGGCUCAGUGUAGGUGCAGAUGCCUCGGUUCUUCAUACUGAACUAAAUGCACCUGUUUAUGAUUGGAGAAUAUCUAUUAAUUCUCCUUUGAAGUUGGAAAAUCGACUUCCUUGUCCAGCUGAGUUCACAAUCUGGGAAAAAACAAAAGAAGGGAGUUGUGUUGAGCGACAACAUGGUAUAAUCUCUUCACGCAGGAGUGUACACAUAUAUUCAGCAGAUAUUCAGAAAUCUAUAUAUCUUACAUUAUUUGUUCAGGGUGGUUGGGUUCUGGAGAAGGACCCUAUUCUUAUUUUGGAUCUUUCUUCCAGUAACCAUGUUUCCUCUUUCUGGAUGGUCCACCAGAAAAGUAAAAGGAGAUUGCGCGUGACCAUUGACCGUGACUUGGGAGGAACAAGUGCUGCUACUAAAACCAUUAGGUUUUACGUUCCAUAUUGGAUUAUUAAUGAUUCAUCUCUGCCUUUAGCAUAUCGAGUGGUGGAAGUGGAGCCUUUGGAGAAAUCAGAUGCAGACUCUAUGUUACUUUCCAGAGCGGUUAAAUCUGCAAAAAUAGCCUUGAAACAUCCUACAAUCUCCACGGACAGGAGGCAUUCUGGCCCAAGAAGAAAUAUUCAAGUACUUGAAGUGAUUGAAGAUACUACUCCAGUUCCUAGCAUGCUUUCUCCACAAGACUAUGCAAGCAGAACAGGACUUAUAUCAUUUACAUCUAACAAAGAUGCACGUCUGUCUUCACGGGUGGGCGUUGCUGUUGCCAUUCGUAAUUCUGAAAUUUACAGUCCUGGGAUUUCUCUUCAUGAGCUGGAAAACAAGGAACGGGUUGAAGUCAAGGCAUACAAUUCAGAUGGAUCGUACUUCAAGCUUUCAGCAGUGCUGAACAUGACCUCAGACAGAACAAAGGUGGUUCAUUUUCAGCCACACACCCUGUUCAUUAAUAGGGUUGGUUGCAGUCUCUGCCUGCAGCAAUGUGAUUCUCAGUCAGUGGCAUGGGUUCAUCCCUCUGAUCCCCCAAAACCCUUUGGCUGGCAGUCUUCUGCCAAAGUUGAACUUUUGAAGAUGCGGGUAAAUGGAUACAAAUGGAGUACACCAUUCAGUGUUUGUAAUGAAGGUGUGAUGUGCAUUUGUUUGAAGAAGGAUAUUGGAGAUGAUCAGAUGCAGUUAAGGGUAGCAGUAAGAAGUGGAGGAAAGAGCUCGCGCUAUGAAGUUAUUUUCCGUCCAAAUUCAUUAUCAAGCACUUACAGGAUUGAAAAUCGUUCGAUGUUUUUACCCGUUCACUUUCGGCAAGUGGAUGGUACCAGUGAUUCGUGGCAGUUUCUUCUACCUAACUCAGCUGCUUCUUUUCUGUGGGAAGAUCUUGGUAGAAGACAUUUGUUGGAACUCCUGGUAGACGGGGCCGAUCCAUUGAAAUCUCAGGAGUAUGAUAUUGAUGAAACUUUUGAUCACCAACCAAUUCACAUGGUGGGUGGACCUGCUAAAGCUCUACGUGUUACAAUUCUAAAAGAGGAGAAGAUGAAUAUAAUUAAGAUCAGUGACUGGAUGCCAGAAAAUGAGCCUAAAGGAAUCUUGAGUAGAAGACAUUUACCUGCUUCAUCACAGCUUUCUGGAAAUGACUUUCAACAGCAACAAUUAUCAUCAAUCUCAGAUUGUGAAUUUCAUGUAAUCAUUGAGCUUGCUGAGCUUGGAAUCUCUAUCAUUGACCAUACACCUGAGGAAAUAUUAUACCUUUCAGUGCAGAAUCUUCUUCUAGCAUAUUCCACUGGCUUGGGCUCUGGGAUCAGUAGGUUCAAAUUAAGAAUGCAUGGAAUACAAGUGGAUAACCAGUUGCCCCUAAGUCCAAUGCCAGUUCUCUUCCGGCCACAGAGAGUUGGGGAGGGAACUGAGUAUAUCUUGAAAUUUUCCUUGACAAUGCAAUCAAAUGGCUCAUUAGAUCUGUGUGUCUAUCCAUAUAUUGGAGUCCAAGGACCUGAAAAUUCUGCCUUUUUAGUGAACAUUCAUGAACCCAUUAUUUGGCGCCUUCAUGAAAUGGUUCAGCAAGUGAACCUCAGCCGAUUAUAUGAUACUAAAACCACUGCUGUUUCAGUUGAUCCAAUCAUUCAGAUUGGAGUCUUUAACACCUCAGAAGUUCGAUUCAAAGUUUCAAUGGCAAUGUCACCAAGUCAACGGCCAAAGGGUGUACUUGGAUUUUGGUCAUCCUUGAUGACUGCAUUGGGCAACACCGAGAGUAUGCCAGUCAGGAUAAAUCAAAGGUUCCAUGAGAAUGUGUGCAUGAGACAGAGUUCCAUGAUUAGUAUUGCUAUUUCAAACAUUCGGAAGGAUCUUUUAAGCCAACCUCUUCAACUGCUCUCAGGUGUUGACAUAUUGGGUAAUGCAAGUAGUGCACUUGGACAUAUGAGUAAAGGUGUAGCUGCAUUAUCAAUGGAUAAGAAGUUCAUUCAAAGCCGUCAGAGACAGGAAAAGAAGGGUGUGGAGGACCUUGGUGAUGUUAUCAGAGAGGGAGGUGGAGCAUUUGCAAAAGGCCUAUUUAGAGGCGUUACUGGCAUAUUGACAAAGCCUCUUGAAGGUGCCAAAAAUUCUGGUGUUGAGGGAUUUGUUCAGGGUGUUGGAAAAGGAAUAAUAGGUGCAGCUGCACAACCAGUGAGUGGAGUUUUAGAUCUUUUGUCAAAAACUACCGAAGGGGCCAAUGCUAUGAGAGUUAAGAUAGCAUCUGCUAUAACUUCAGAUGAACAACUCCUCCGCAAGAGACUGCCUCGUGUAAUUGGUGGUGAUAAUUUGCUUCGACCAUAUGAUGAGUACAAAGCACAGGGACAGGUUAUAUUGCAGCUGGCAGAAUAUGGUUCAUUUUUUGGCCAGGUUGAUCUAUUUAAAGUACGUGGAAAGUUUGCCUUGUCAGAUGCUUAUGAAGAUCACUUUUUACUUCCAAAAGAAAAAAUCCUUGUGGUCACCCACCGUAGGGUCAUAUUGUUGCAACAACCUUCCAACAUAAUUGCUCAGAGGAAGUUCAGCCCAGCAAGGGAUCCUUGUUCAGUACUAUGGGAUGUAUUGUGGAAUGACCUUAUGACAAUGGAAUUGUCACAGGGACAGAAAGACCAUCAAGAAGCUCCACCUUCACGGCUUAUUAUUUAUCUAAAGACUAGAGCAACUGAGUUAAAGGAGCAGGUUCGUGUUAUAAAAUGCAAACCUGAAACCAACCAGGCUUUUGAAGUUUACGUUUCAAUUGAACAAGCAGCGAACACUUAUGGGUCAAACCUUUCAAAGGAAAUGAAAAGAAGGAAAGUGACAAAACCAUAUUCACCAAUUGCUGAUGGUGGCAGUGCUGAAAUUACUUUGAAGGAAGUCAUUUGCGCCUGGUCCCCCCAACAUGUGCCUGCAUCGGUUCCUCUAAGUUCAACUUUUGGCAGCAGUUCUGAUUGAAGUUAAAAGUCUGUUCCCUUGGGGAAAUAUCGUCCAUGGCCUUCUGCCCUCCUCAGGAUGACAAUUAACCGAUGGCUACAUUGCCCCUUGGUUUUGUUAAUGUCUUCAUUUAAUAGUCAGAUUGGUAGGAGAAAGUUGUGGGUCGACAUAUCGGAAAAAGAUUGGUUGCAGAAAUGAUCCUAGAAAGGGAUUUCAAUGAUCAUCUCUCUAUCUCUGCAGAUCAGGCCUUAUGAUGGUGUUAAAGAUUAGUAUUGGAGGCUGUUUCCUGUAGGAGAUUUAGCAGAAGCCAUUGGGAAGAGCGCUGCUAGUGGACUUUGUAGAUCUUUUGAAUACUAGGUCACAUGUUAGUAAUAUCUUUGUAUAAACUAAAGCUUGUACAGUAAUACCUCCUGCAAUUGGUUGUCAGUGGCUUUGACAAAUGUACAGCUUUUAAGAUUUUUGCAUGUAUAGUUUUCCUUGUAUAUGUAGGAUUUUGAGAAGGCAGAAAUAUAGUUGGCCCUUAUUGGUUCGUCUGGAAGACCAUAAUUUGCUGAUCAGCAAGGAAAUCCUAGUAGUUACACCUUUUUUACUCUUAUGGCAUUUUCUGUAAGUUGUUUUAGAUAAUUGACAUUCACCGAUCAAGAGCUGUAUCUCCCAUUGUGGGAUAAUUCAAUGAUAAUUCUCUUUCUCAUCUGUUAUUGUAAA